AUGACCGACUCCGCCCCCACCAUCACAGACAAUGCCACAGCACCUACCCCCGACCGCUCCGCAAAUUUGACAAGGGCCUCGCGGCGACUUGUAUCCCUGCUCCGACACAAGGCAGUGGCCGAAAACCUCCCGAUCGGCAGCGACGGCUACGUCCGCGUCGACGACCUGCUCUCUCGAAAACUGCUCGGCCCAACGGUGACCCUUGCGGACGUGAAAUCCAUCGUCGCAGCAGACAACAAAACCCGCUUCAAGCUCGACUACCGCGGCCCCCCGAUCUCCACCGACGCAGCAGCCCACGACGACCCGCAGCACUGGUUCGUCCGCGCAAACCAGGGCCACACCAUGCCACACAUCCAAAUCGCCCUGCGCGAAAUCACAGACGCUUCCGAAGUCGCGUUCGCAGUGCACGGCACAAACGCCCGCGCGCUGCCCUCGAUCCUCCGCCACGGCCUCUCCGUCGCCGCGCGCCAGCACAUCCACCUCGCGCAACGUCUCCCGGACGACACCGACGUCGUCUCGGGCAUGCGGUCGUCCAGCGACGUGCUGAUUUACAUCGACCUCAAGCACGCUCUCGCGGAUGGUGUUGAUUUCUACGAGAGCGACAACGGCGUCGUGCUCACCAGCGGCGACAACGGCGUGCUGCAUCCGCGGUAUUUUGAGAAAGUGCUCAGGGUACCGGAUAAACAGCAUAGCGAGAGUAAGAAAUUCGACAUUAGCUUAUUUGAGCCGGUCGAGUUUGAGCGCGAGGUCGAGAUUGAGCCGGUUCCGGCCGAUUUGUUUGAUCGGAAUCAAAAGCGACGGAAACAACCACGAAAACCACGGCCGCCAAAAUCAGACCAGAAAACUGAGUCAUAG